CGCAAGCGCGUGCCAUUAAAAUUAAAAUCGUCGGCCGGCUCGUGCUGUCUCCCCCCAUCGCCACUGACGCGGAGCCGCAGCGGAACAGCCAUGGCGAUGGCGGCCUGCUCCGUCCGCCUCCUCGCCGCCGCCGCGCACCGCCGGGGCGCCGCCGCGUUCCUCCACGCCCCGCGGCGGCCCGUCGCGUGCUCCCUCUCGUUCCCGCGCGGCCACGGCGGCAUCCGCGGCCGCGCCGCCCUCUCCUCCAUCUCCCUCCCCUCCUCCGCGCAGGGCCACGCGCCCUUCGACCUCCUCCCGCCGGACUCCGAGCCCUUCAUCCAGUGGGACCCCCCGCCACCGCAGGACGCCUCCGCGGGCGGCGCGGGGGCAGGGGGGAGGGAGGAGGAGGGCCCCGCGCUGGUGGUGCUGCUGGGCUGGCUCGGCGCGCGGCAGAAGCACCUGCGGAGGUACGCCGACCUCUACCGCGACCGCGGGGUCGGGUCCGUGCGGUUCGUGGUGCCCGUCCGCGAGCUCCUGGGGCUCGACCUCGGCCGCCGGGUCGAGCGCAGGGUCGCCGACCUCUCGGCUGAGAUCGCCGCCUGGUGCGACGCCGACCGCAGCCGCACGCUCCUCUUCCACACCUUCAGCAACACCGGCUGGCUCGCCUAUGGUGCGGUACUUGAGAAUCUACAAUCAAGGGCGGAUAUAAUUGAGAGGAUAAAGGGGUGUAUUGUAGACUCUGCGCCAGUUCUAGAGAUUAGACCAGAGGUCUGGGCAGCUGGUUUCUCUGCUGCCAUGCUGAAGAAAAGCAGUUCUUUAACAGGACCUUUAGCUGACUCCCCUGAUGGAUCUACUUUGAAUGGUGCAUUGAACAAAGUUACUUCUGUCUCAGAGUUGACAAAACCAUCAUGGAGUGAAACUUUUCUUCUGUCAACUCUUCAGAAGUUUUUUGAGGUUGUCCUUCGCCUACCUGAUGUAAACCAGAGAAUGCACAAGGUCCUCUCGGUUCUUUCGGAUAAGCAGCCGCCCUGCCCCCAGUUCUACCUGUACAGCUCCGCCGACAGAGUGAUCCCUGCCGAAUGCGUGGAGAGCUUCAUCAACAUGCAGAGAUCACUGGGGCUGAGCGUCUCAUCACACAAUUUUGUCUCGUCGCCGCAUGUGGACCACUACAGGAGCUUUCCUCACCUGUACUCUGCCAAGAUCGACGAGUUCCUGAAGGUCUGUUCCCCAGUUAGUGUAUGAUGAUGAAACGACGAUUAAUCUUGCUGAAGAUCUGUUCCCUACUUAGAGAUGAGUUGAUGGUUAGCCUUUUGACCAACACGGUGGUUGAAGAUUCUAGUGACAAUUUGAUCGGUUUUGUAUUUUUUUAGCGUAAGUAGCGCGCGUGCGAUGUAGGAUGCUUCUACAUGGGUGUUUGAGGAGGGGUAAUAUCGCCGCAUCGUCAAGCAUCCAUGUGAGCUUCAUCUACUCAAACUCAAGCAACUCUUUGUAGGUACGUGAUGAUCGAACUGUCUAUUCCUUUUGGGGGAAAUUGUAUUGUCCAUUCUUGGGAUAAUCUUAUAUGUUAAGCACAGCUGCCUAGUUAAGCAUCUUA